AUGGUGUUUUGCAAAGAAGACAACAGGGAACUUUUGCAAAAUCUAAAAGACCUCGUCCAAAGAGAUCGAGAAGCUGGAGAAUAUGUCCCACCUCAAUUUGACAGCAUAUUGCAAAGCUUGGAUGAGAUGUCGGCCGAAAACGAUGGAUAUACCCAACCCGCCUCAUCAACGAGGUCAAAGACAUACAGCCCCGGACGUGAAGAGUUCGAGAUCCUCGAAGCAUAUAAUACCCUCAUCAAGGCAGGCGGCCGGCCGGUCUGCCCACUUGGAGAAACAAAUUCCAUAUCGCAAUACCCUGGCCGAUACCGUUCGAUCCUAGGGCCUUGGAUAAGGAACCCAUUGACGAGCUCCACGAUAGAUUGGAAAGACGUCUUCCAACAGCAGCUAUAUAAUUGGCAGCGUUUCAAAGCUUGGCAACAAUCCAACCGUGACAUAGAGGACACGCGCAAUCUACCCUUGGAGGAAUCAAGCGAUGAAGGCAAUUAUUCACCUUCUAGGAGUGGAUACAUUUCGAAGUCAACGAAGUUUGAAGCGCAUGUGGCCAAAGCUAAACGGCGAUUGAGCCACUGCGGUUUUACUAAAUCGUUCACUUUUGACAUGGAUAUGGGCAGACAGGAUGAAUGGACGACAUGGAUUGAGUACAUGAGCUUCGAGUGUUAUUGCUGCGACGUCCAUUUUCAGCAUAUUGGGCCUACAACGAUAGCAGACCUCCGGCCGAUGAGGAUUUUAGAUAAUACCGAAGAUCCGCCUGAAACGGAACAUGGAAGGUUUUCUGAGGCCAACGAAGCCAACAGCAGAUAUGCUUCCCUGCCAAGCAAUAUCAACCUCAAUGCCUCUUUAGGAAACGGCCGCUACAAUGCGCAUACGACCGGAAAAGUUCUCAAUUACACAGAUAACGCUGGGGGCUCUCAUACAAGAACCAGAAUACGCGAAACAUCUGGGUCAACCUUUACCAGCCUCGAUUGCGGAACCUCAAAGCCGGUCAAAUCAGCAAAGGCAGCCGGGGAAACCCAGCACGCGGAACACCACAAUCUGAUACUAAGAUGGGCUUUGUUGCAGGAACCAGAGAUUGCUGCAAAGAUUGUAAACAGUCCGCGGGACCUCAGCGCAAAGGGCAUCCCGUGGACAUCAAUUCAUGGUCCUCGACUGAAGCGAAAUCGAGACGGUUCCCUUUGUAACGUACCUCGUGCUGCUUGUCAUGACGGCACGCUCAGCGAGAAGGGUGUUGACGACGAAAAUAUCGAGCAUAAGCGAUCUCGGAAUAGAGGAUAA